AUGCAGGUGCAGCUUUCGGAAGAGCCUCUCCAAGGAGGGGAAGCGCCAGCACCAUACGGGCAGCGAGCACGGGUCACGCCCGGACGCUUGGCAUUCGUGAUCCGAGAACAGAUGAAGACUUUCAACCAGAUCGCCGGCCAUGCCGCCGUCGUGCACGAAAAGGUGGAAGUCUUGCGGCAGCAGUACAAGCUCAAGUACAAGGACGACCCGUUCCAGGCGGCGGAGCGACAAGCGCGAGCGGCGGAGCGCCACCUCCACAAGCAGAUGCGCGACCAGGCCCCGCAGCAUCAGCAGCAGCCGGUGGGCCCCGCCCCGGCCCCCCUAGCGAUCGCCACCGCCGCCGCCCCGGCGGCGCCAGCGGCGGCAUCGGCGUUCGGGGGGGGAGCUUUCGGAGCCGCUCCCGCUCCCACUGCAGGAGGUUUGUUCGGCGGUGCCGCCCCGGCACCGGCAGCCGGCGGCGGUCUGUUCGGCGCGCCGGCUGCGGCGCCGGCACCAGCGACCGGUGGUCUGUUUGGCACUCCCGCGGCAGCAGCCCCCGCCCCCGCCGCCGGAGGGUUCAGCUUCGGCGCCCCGGCGGCUGCCGCCCCCGCCCCCGCCGCCGGAGGGUUCGGCUUCGGUGCUGCCCCCGCUCCCACCCCCGCCCCUGCCCCCGCCGGCGGCGGUCUGUUCGGCAGCGCGACCGGGUUCGGCACUACUCCGGCGCCGGCUCCUGCGGCGGGCGGGGGGCUGUUCGGGUCGACUGGUGCCGCGUUCGGGUCGACUGGUACCGCGUUCGGGGCGCCGGCACCGGCGCCGGCGGCAACGCCUGCCCCGGCCCCGGCGCCGGCGACGACGAUGACGACCAAGAAGAAGAACAAGGGCAGAGGACGGAGAAGUCACUACUAGUGUUGUAAUAGUUGCGGAAGGCCUCAGACGGGGGAGGACGCAUGGGGGUCGGCAGCGAGAGUGGGGCAUCUAUUACGUGCUCUGCUCUUUUGGUAGCCGAGUGGUGUGGCAGGAGGAUUGUGUUUUGUGAGCCGAUUCUGGCUGCUGGAGACAACAGUUUUCGUGCUUGCGUGGAUGCGGAACACGCGCAAGCCUGGCGAGAGGGGGGUGGGUUGGCUAAUCCACAGUUUGGUGGGGCACAUGGGGCGUGUGGUUGGGUUGUUGACGCCAGUUGUAUUGUUUUCCGUUUUUUCGUGUCGAAUCCGUUACUUGCUGGUUCCGGCAGUGUGGAAUACGUCGUCGUCCGAUUUUGCUCUAGAUUUAGUAUUUUCAGUUCUUCUCGUCCGUGAGUUUUACUUGUGUUGUGUAAAAUAUACUUCAUAAAGGAUUCCCGGGGGAUAUGCUCCCAAAUUGGCCGCGUGUGAUUUUCCACCGGAAGUGUCCGUAAUGGUGGAAGUAUGUUGCCGCUCAUUUUUCAACGUUGCAAUUGUUGUUCAUCACUCGGUGCGGUGACAGCGACGACCGUAGUUACCAUUUGACUUUUGACUUCGGUCACCUUCAGUACUGGCACUGGAGCUGAAGGUAUCACGCGUGUCUGCGGGCGCCCUUUCGGUUGGUUGCUGACGUGUGAUUCGUCGCUGGUUUGUGACUCUUUUCGGUUCAUCUCACUGUUUAGUAACAUAGCUGGGUUGCUUUCGUUUGUUCCAGAUUUACCUCGGGGCUGGGCAUCGCAUCUGUUGUAUGCAUGCCGCCGUCAAAGGUUCCAACUACCAUAAGCUGCGAGGUUUUGUGUUUCUCGGCAUUCUCCGUCCGUUGAUAUUGCCGACAACUCUUGGUUAUGUGACGAUGCUCAUCUAUACAGGGGCCUUCUGUUGGCAAUACUGGUAGCGUUUUGCCCGUCUGAAAUAGAGAUAUUUGUCUGAACUGCAACUGUUGGCGAACAAUCACACGGCACUGUUGCCCAAAUAUCCUGUUUCUACUCCUCGAUCGUCUAGGGUGCCCCUCGUCCGGCCGUGCACCUUCUCUUGACCUAAGUCAAUUUUUAUGGCUUAAGUUUAUUUUGCAGAGGGAUGGCGUGCUCUGUGGCCGACUAUGAUACGGAGACAGAUGCCAAAGGUGUUUGUGAGCUUCACUCCUGACGCUUUGCCCCCAGCACCACAGUCGUUUUACGAUGGUAUAUAGUGAUCAAAACCGUCUCUCACGCUCCAGUGGGGGCACCCGCUGCCUGGUAGGCAGACCACUGCUGAUGUGGGUACAUCGGGACUCGCGUUGAUGCACCUUCUCCGACCCUCUUGUACGAAUGAGGGAUGGGUUGUUGUUAGGCUCCACGGGGGAUGGCCCCCAUCUAUCGAAAACGAAGCGGGCGACAAAGCAGAACGCUCAACCGCCUACCGGCGUUAGAAGUCUUGCUCUCGGGACCAAACUCUUGUGAGGAAAACUACGAGGCCGCACUUGUUUGGUCCCGGUUCUCGCGGGCGGGGUUGUGGCCAAGUAGAGACGGUGAUAAACAAGAACAUUCCUGGCAUGUGUCCGGCUCAGAUGAACUGUCUGGUCAAAACGAAGAUAGACAGUAGACGAAGGGUUCGUUGCUGUCAAACCGAUGAUGAGCUGGCCUUGGGCAUAUACGCUUGAGCGACUUCUUUUGCGGCACAACAGGGCUGCAUGCACCCGAACCGAAUCCCAUGUCGUUGGUCCAGCUUCCAUCAUGCGGCAGCCAAGCCUAUUAGAUAAAAACAAACUGCCGUUGCCUCCUGAUGGAGGCAACCCACUAUGUCACAGGCCGAAAACGCUGCUGCUGAUACGUAUCCCUCCUGAACAACUGAGGAUGAACACGCUGACUUUCGUAUGCCCCAACCCCCCCCCCCCCCC